UUAAUCUCUAAUUUGGACAGUCUUAGGAAAGUUAGGAACUCAAUUACCUGAACUACAAAACAAGGAUUCAUUUUAUAAAUUUAGACAUUUUCAUUUCCUUUGUAAACUCCAAAAAAUCAAUUUUCACUCUUUCUUUCUACCAAAAUAUUUUCUUUCUAUUUUCUGAUAACCAGACUAUUAUUUUUCCUCUUUCAAACUGUAGAUUUUUUUUUUCUCCAUCUAACACUACUAUUUAUUUUUAUUUUUAUUUAACGAUGAAAUUUGUGCAAAUUUGAAAACUAUUGUUCUUGUUUUUUGCUCAGUUGCUCAAGCUUUUUAAUUUGAUUUUUUUAGCUUAAAAUUUUAAUCUGUUAAUUAUUUUUCUUUUGAAAAUAAAAAACUUACCAGUGAAGUUUUGAGUGUUAUAUGAGUUAAUAAGUGUUUGAAAACAUGGAAGCUAGUGGCGGUGUUAGUGGUGGCGUAACGGUGGUCGGAUCAGAUGCUCCGUCGGAGUAUCACGUAGCUCCGAGAACAGACAACCAAACUCCGACCACUGGAUCAGCUGUUCAGCUUUUAGCGGCGGUUCAAGCUGGUGCUCCUCCGCAACAACCGCCGUAUACGGCGGUGUUAACGGCAGCUCCGGCAGUAACGACGGUGCCAGAGAAGAAGAAGAGAGGAAGACCGAGAAAGUAUGCAGCGGAUGGUUCGGUGACGGCAGCGUUGUCUCCGAAACCGAUAUCAUCGUCGGCUCCGUUGCCGCCGGUGAUCGAUUUCACGGCGGAGAAGCGUGCAAAAGUGAAGCCAGUUAGUUCUGUGAGCAAAGCGAAUUUUGAGUUGGAAAAUAUAGAGGGAGCCAAAGAGACAUCUAGAACCAGAAGCAACACAAUGUCAGAAGCAAUUUCCAAUUCCAACUCUACAAUUUUAAGUGAAUGGGUCCCUUGCUCUGUUGGUUCAAAUUUUACACCCCACAUCAUCACUGUUAAUGCUGGAGAGGAUGUUACCAUGAAGGUAAUUUCAUUUUCUCAGCAAGGACCUCGAGCUGUAUGCAUUCUUUCAGCAAAUGGUGUCAUAAAAAGUGUCACACUUCGUCAGCCCGAUUCUUCUGGGGGCACAUUGACAUAUGAGGGACUGUUUGAAAUUCUGUCUUUAUCUGGUUCCUUCAUGCCAAAUGAAAGUGGAGGAGGAACACGAAGCAGAUCAGGCGGCAUGAGUGUGUCUUUGGCAAGUCCUGACGGACGUGUUGUUGGCGGAGGAGUAGCUGGUCUGUUGGUGGCUGCAAGUCCAGUGCAGGUAGUGGUUGGUAGUUUUAUGGCAGGAAACCAACAUGAGCAGAAGCCAAGAAAUCAGAAACAUGAUGUGGUAUCAACUGUGUCAUCUCCUGCUGUUGUUCCCAUUCCUACUCUUGAUCCAAUACCUAUUCUAUCAUCAGUAACUUCCUUCCGUGGAGAUAAUUGGUCUGCUGUGCCAGCAUCGGAUGCAAAGGAUAAGCCCGCUACUGAUAUUAAUGUGUCUCUUCCUGGAGGCUAAUUUCAUAAGGAUGCCUUUGCCUUAUAUAUAUGCAUUUAUGUGUAGCUGCUUUUACAAUGCUGUAAUGGGAUUCCUAGUUGUUAGCUCACUUUCUUUUGUUUGUUGUGUUAUGGUUGUUGAACUUUGUACCGUGACCAACAAGUUUUCCAUGUUUUACCAGGUUCCUGUCAUUGUAGAAUUUGAGUUACCUGAUAAGAUAUGCUUUUUAAUGAUACGAAGUCAUGCCUUAAAGAAUUUAUUUUGAUGUGAUAGUUAUUCAUGAUUGUUGAAUUAGCGGUUUA